UCGGGCUGUGUUUGUUCGGUGUAACGCUAUCAGCCUCCCUCUGAGUCGCUGCCGUGGCGGAGCGCUCACUGUCGUUUGGGAACUCCGCUAACGCAUCCUGACAAUAACGAAGCGCUUGUGAAGUCUCUUGGAUGUUUCAACAUUCUCGCAAAACGUUAAUGGUGUUGGAGCACUGUUAGAGGGGGGUUUUGUUUGUGAGCUGUGCAGACUGCUGUCAUUCCGCUCACCUGAUCAAUUGUGGUCGGUAUUCAGCCGAUUGGCAUCCCACUUCUGGGCAACAAGACCCACAAAUAGUGUUACGCUCGAAAUCGAUUUUGGUGCAUUUUCUUUGGGUGGCCGAAAAUUCGGUGCAUUGUGUGAGUGUAUUUGCGCAGUUAACUAUAUAGGAGAAGUAAGAAAGCGAAGUUCGAUACUGGCGCUAGUGUCAAUUGCCUGUGGAUUCAAUUGUUGCGGGAAAUAUGGCCAGCUGUAUAAACGGUCUGUCGCCCGUGGAUCUCCUGCAGUUGACGAUGGUAGCCCAGGACGACGAUGAGCCUAUGGCGACGUCCUUAAGUCCGACUCGAGCCGAGUUAAAGAGCGACAAAAGCCACGAUGAGCCCAAUCCCAAUGAGCCGUAUUAUUGCCCGCUGUGUAACUUCACGACGAGACGACCGGGUCUAUUGCUGCGGCAUACGUUUGAGCACACCGGAGUCCAGCCCUACUCAUGCUGGAAGUGCCAACAGCGGUUUACCCUACCCGAAAGUUUAGUCGAGCACUUUGUUCAAGAGCACAGUAUCACAGGCACCCCGCUCAAGUGCGGUACGUGCCGAAAAACUUACUCUACCCGACGCGGUCUCAUCACCCAUCAGCUGCAGUUUUCCAUACAGAAAUCUCGAUUUUGUUACUUCUGUGCCAAAGGAUUCGGGUCGGACGGUGCUGAACGUGAGCAUCAACGGGCCCAUUCACCGGGUCUAGCUUCGUCUGAUUGCUUUCUCCGCUGCCCGGCUUGCCGACGUCUCUUCCCAAAUGAGGACGCCUUGAGAAUCCACUCAGUAUUUCACCUCAGCCUUCAGGAGGAUCGCUACACGCUGCCUUCACAAGGUACAACUGUUGCUCAUAAAGCACGGCGUUUCUUUCAACAGCGUCGUCACACGUUACACGGCUUCACACAUAGCUUAAAUUUGGAGUCUACCAGAGCUGGCACGCCGAGUUCAUCAUCGUCAAAACUGCGUCGUAAACCCCGAAAAAAGUUUCCCUGUGAACACUGCGAUAAGGUAUUCGUCAGCCGGACAUCGCUACGUUGGCAUGGCCGAUUCCACCGACGACCAUUUACCUGCCGAGCGUGUCCUCGUGCCUAUUCAACCCUGUGCGCCCUGCUCGUUCACGCGUCAGACCAUGACACAAUCGCUGCCAUCGAAGAGGAGCAUUUGCGCCAUGUCGAGCAGCAGGUAGGUGCUAACGGCAAAAAGGUAACUGGUUCGUCGGGUCAGGGUUCGACCAGUGGCUCACAACUCGGACUGAGUGGCAACAACAGCAAUGCUUUGGGACUGCCUGCGAGUAUCGGCGCAACUACUACUAAUCUCACGAACAUUUCCAGUGGGUCGACCGCGCCCGCAGGAUCAACCGAACGCCACGAGUGUCCAACUUGCGGUAAAGCGUUUGGCUCUGCCAACAGUUUGCGCGCACAUAAAAAAUCACACACUACCGGAAAAACCCCUCAUAAGUGCCCGACAUGCGGAAAACAAUUUGUCCGAUCAUAUGACAUGAAGCGUCACAUGCGUACUCACGAUAGUAGCGCUCCGUACGUCUGCCAGAUCUGCCAUCAGAAGUUCUCGCAGAGUUCGUCGUUGAAGAAACAUUACAAGACGCACAGGAUUCACUGUCCGCUUUGCCUUAAACAAUUUGAUCUGCCCGAUCAGCUAACGGCACACAUACCCCAGUGCCCGGCGCAGCAGGCCCAACAGAGUUUGCUUGCCGCUGCCAUUUCUAAUAUGUCGAAUAUGGGCCAUAUGACGGGUCUGAACGGAGUACCGCCUGAAGCGCUCGCAGGCUUAAUGCAGGCUGCCCAAGGAAUGAUGCAACAAGCAUCAGCCUCUGCUGGUGCUGCGGCAGCUGCACCAGUGACAACUUGCGCGACAAGCGGUGCUACAACAUCUGCAACGUCAGGACAAGCCGGAACAUCCACUAGCCAGGCCACGACUCCAGAUAAGUGGUUGUUCAAGGAGUGAAGAACUCAUCACUGAAAAAAGAAGUGAAUCUAUGAAGAGCUUCAUCUUUAAUUAAUUCUAAAUUAUUCAUUUUAGAGGAGGGUUGUACACAUCGUAGGUAAGUGCAGUCGUAUGUUGAAAAUUUUAGUGCCGUUCAUUUACAAGGAAUUAAUUAGAGAACUUUGAGGGAAAAUACGUUGAGAAAUUUCUUCAUAUAAGAAAGCUUUUCUACCAGUUUGAGGGCCACAUAUGAUAAAAGAAAAAGGUAAAUGCUUACUGAUUGACUCUAGUAGAAGCUAUGACAGAGGCUAGGAAUAAGUGUAAAGUAAAUUGUUUAACUGUAGUUCUCCUUUAUUUCGUCAUAGGUAAUAAUAAUCGUUGUAUUUUAGUUAAAAAAUGAGCUUGAAUAGAAUCGUCAGCGGAUGCUUUAGCGAUAUUAGAGCAAGUAAAUGGAAUCAAUUCAUAGGUCUAACCGGAGAUGGGACUCUAAUAGUACAUUCUGCGCAUAUACAUGAAGUGGUCUCUCUAGCUUCCAUAUGAUCACAAUAAAUUAUUUUAGGUGUUCGACUACACCGGUGAAUUCGUCUGGUCGACAACCAGUAGCCACUUUUUCAACUAAUUUUCAAGUAGGAAAAAGUAUUUCAAAAACACGCGCGUUUGCUGAUCUCUAUAUUUAUGCAUCGCGCAAACGUAAGGCCUAUCGUAUGAAAUAUUAUUAUAUGAUACAUAAAUAUAAACGGAUCCGAGGUUAAUAGGUGAGACUGGUAGUAGAACAACCCCUACAACAAAAACAAAUGACACGUGUUUCUCAGAACGCCAUAAUAGUAUAUGUGACCUCUCUCGCUUAUUACUGCAAGGAUCAUAUAUCAAAUGAAGAGAAUCUCAGAUCUACCCAGAGAGCCGUAUACUCAAGACUCAAAUCUGGCUAUAUAUAAACACAUAAUGUGUAUAUAUUUACUCUACGAAUUGAUUUACACAUAUACAAUAAGUACAGGAAUGACAGCAUAUUAGCAGACGAAUUUUAAUCAGAUUGACGACUGUGCAGAAAACCAAUAUUAGCUGGAUCAACGCAAAUAAUGAUAAAUAAAACAAACAUCUCAAUCUAAUUAGGUAUAGUUGUAGGUAAACAGACAUACGCAUAAGCAACGAAUCGACGGUAACAGUAUAUGCUGCAUUAUAUACUAUGCUAUUCUAAUGAUGAUAAUAGUAUGCGCUAAAUAAACCAAGCACGUAUGUCCCGCUCUCGAUAUAUAUUCUUAGUAAAAUUGUA